UUGUUCUCUCGGUGACCGGCCCACAUUGCCGUACACUCUUUGCCUCCACCGUGGAACGUUGAAGUUGUGCAAAGCAUAGUAACUACAGGAACUUUUUAAUCAGCUCGGGAGAAGCCAUGUUAAGGUUCUGAUAUCUCAGGCUGCAUAGGCGCCGAUCAAUAAACUUGAACACGAACGCAGCACUCGCCUUCGCCCCGCUAUCAUGCUGCCUCUUAUAGUGUUUGUAUAUGGGUUUGUGGUGGUACUCUCCUUGAAGUUUCUGGGGAGGGCUUGCGCACGCAAAAUGUUCGCGACAAGGCCCCCUCUACCUCCCGGUCCGCCUUCCGACCCGAUUAUAGGCCAUCUCAGGAUAAUACCAUCGCAGCAUCAGCCGAACGCCUUCCAUGACUGGUCCAAGACUUACGGCGAUGUCAUGCAACUCCGUGUACCUGGACGUUCCAUCAUCAUACUUAGUAGUGACAAAGCCGCCACAGACUUACUCGAGAAGAGAGGGCUGAACUACAGUUCUAGGCCGAAUUUCAUUAUCAUGGACAUCAUGGGUUGGGGACAAUCAUUAGCAUUUUUACCCUACGGAAAACGCUUUCUUCGGCAUCGAAAGAUUGUUUCGCAACCAUUGGGACGUGAAGAAAUUAAAUUAUACCAGCCCAUCCAGAUUCAGGCUGUUCAGGUCCUUCUGAAAGCUCUACUCGCGAGGCCCACGUGUUAUGAAGAAGCUGUUCAUCGUUUUACAACCUCAACCAUUGUCGAAAUGGCGUUCGGUCAUAGAAUCACCUCGGAUGACGACAUAUACCUCACUCUUGCCAGGGAGCAUACAUACUCGGUUGAUAAUUCGGGACCUCCAGGAAACACGCCAGUUGACUUCCUCCCGUGCCUGCGAUACUUCCCCUCUUGGUUUCCUGGUACCUACUUCGCAGAGUGGGCACGUACUUGGAGUCGAGUUCCCCAUGCAAUACGUGAAAUUCCCUACGGUACUCUUAUUCGGGAUAUUGAACAAGGACAUAACAAUCCUUCUAUCCUGGGUCAGGAAAUCCAGAAAAUGCUUGAUACCGGCAGCAAGACUGAAGCACGUAUCUCGGAUAUCAAAGAUGCUGCCGCCAUCAUCUUCGGCGCAGGAGUAGAUUCUACGGAAGCUACCCUUUCGAUAUUCUUCCUACUUAUGAUGCGUCAUCCUGAGUGCCAGAAGAAGGCCCAGGCGGAGAUUGACAGCGUCUUGGGUGGCGGUCGUUUGCCCAAUCAUGACGAUCGGCCACAUCUUCCAUACGUAGAAGCUUUAUUUCAAGAGAUCAAAAGAUGGUUUCCGGUCGUACCUCUAGGGCUCCCUCACCUGUGUAUGAACGACGAUAUUUACCGAGGAAUGUUCAUCCCAAAGGGAUCCAUAGUAUUCGCCAAUGCCAGAGCAAUAAGUCUCGAUGAGAGUGUAUACCAUGAUCCUGCACGGUUUUAUCCUGAACGUUUCCUACCUAAACCCGAAGGACGCGGUGAGCCACACUUCACUGCGGCGUUCGGUUAUGGGCGUAGAAUAUGCCCCGGACGUUUAGUAGCGGAUGCUACUCUUUGGCUUGCCUCGGCGUCUAUUCUCUCUAUGUUCAACGUGGAGGUACUGCCAGAUAAGAAUGGACGGUAUGUAGUGCCCACCCCUGAAUUCUGCGAGGGCCUCGCGCAUCAUCCAAAUCCCUUUGAUUGUAAUGUAGUAGUUCGCUCUGGUCAUGCCGAAACGAUCAUCUCGCAGGCGUGCUAGGCCGACUGAUAUAUGGACAAAAAUGUAUUCCUUCGUUGUAUUGAUGCAUCCUGACUUAAUAAUCUUAACUUAUCUGCCGAAAAAUCAGUCCAAGUUCCGUCU